AUGAUGGAGAAACUGUGAGCUCAAUCAUCUCAGUGUUGAGGAUUAGAUCUGUGCAGCAAAGAGCUUCUCUGUGUCUUCAUUCUCUAUCAGAGGAAGGACACUGAUCAUCUGCUGUCUGUUUGACUUCAACUACUCCAAAGACAUGUGUCUCUACCUCUUUUUACUUGGCUCUAAUUUCAUAGGUAAGUGUUAGAACAGACAGCAAACUCCAACCUCACCUGCUGCUUUCAGCAGAUAUUUGGUCAACAUUUCACAAGCAGAGCUUGAUCUGAGUAAGCUAACAUUUUCAGGGACUGAUAGACAUUUGCUGUUUGAAGAAUCUCUCAAUGAUCCAGGAUAACAGAUGAAGUAAAGGACUGUUUUUCAGUCUCUUGGUGUCAGAGUCUCUUCUAACUAACAUGAAUUAUACUCCUUUUUCAGCCCUGGCCUCCAUGAACACCAUAAAACCAGUCAGCCCUGAAGAAACUGUUAAAGAGGGCACAAACAUCAACCUGCCCUGUACUUAUGAUGGUGCUAUCAACAAUAUCCAAUGGUACAGACAAUACCAGAGAUCCAGACCAGAGUUCCUGCUCUACAUCACAGAGUACGGAUUAAUUCAUCCAACUGACUCUAAUUUCCCAGCUUACAUUGAUAAAAACAACAAACGUGUAGAUCUACAGAUCUCCUCUGCUGCAGUGACUGACUCUGCUGUGUACUACUGUGCUCUGCAGCCCACAGUGACAGGAAACACCAAAACUCUCUACAAAAACCAUUGA